AUGUCCUCUCAUGCCUCAUGGCUUAAUGUGAACAACCUGCCGCAUGAAUAUGAAUGCCCAUCAGCACCCCUAGUGUCUGACGAAUCAUCUGAGAGAAUUAUCGGAUCCUUACUUGGUCUUGCUCUUGGAGAUGCUUUAGGGGCACAUGCUGAGUUCCGUCCACGAACAUUUUUGCUGCAAAAUCCUGUAACGAAACUGGAAGGAGGUGGUACAUGGGGACUGAGAGCGGGUCAAUGGACGGAUGACACAUCGAUGGCUUUGUGUUUAGCAGCCAGUCUUAUUGUGAAGAAAGGUUAUGAUCCCUAUGAUCAAAUGGUUAGAUACAAAUGGUGGUGGAAACACGGUUAUAUGUCAUCAACUGGACAAUGUUUUGACAUUGGAAAUGCCACACAACAAUCACUUGAAAUAUUCGAUCGACGACAGAUGGUAUUAGCCAAACAACUUCGUGUGCAAAAUGAGGAACAACUUGACAACGUUUCUCAAGAAGAGUUAAGUAAUUGCAGGUUUGACGUUAAUUGUAGCGGUCCAGGAGUUGCAGGAAACGGAGCAUUGAUGAGGUUAUCGCCAGUGCCUCUCUUUUUCUAUCGAUCUCCCAUACUUGCCAUUGACUAUGCUGGUAAGAGUGGCCGUCUUACUCAUGGAGAUGUAAAAGCAGUUGAUUCUUGUCGAUAUUACGCAGCUUUGAUUUGUGGGGCUCUACUCGGACUGUCGAAAGAAAAACUUCUAGACAAAGAUUUCUAUCCUAACAUGGCUAAACGUGGUUGGUUCGGAGAUAAGCCUUUACACCCUGACGUUUUAAAAGUGGCUCUGGGAUCUUAUCAGAAUCCUAAAGGGUACGACGGAGGUAUCAGAGGGAAAGGAUACAUCGUUCAGGCGUUAGAAGCUGCUCUAUGGGCAUUUUGGAGUGAUGAAGGAUCAUUUAGGGACGGAGCUCUGAAUGCUGUUAAUCUAGGGGAUGAUGCUGAUACGACAGCUGCUAUUUAUGGUCAAUUAGCCGGAGCUUACUACGGCAAGAAAGGAAUCCCUUCUGAUUGGUUACGACAGUUGUAUGCUAAAGAGUUCAUAAGUUGUGUAGGUUUAUGGUUACACUAUGAAGGCUACGAAUGGCAUAAACGGUCAUCAGGUAACGCGAACAGGAAGAAUAGUCAAAGUGUUACAUCAACUGCUAAUUUUGACGAAAGAAUUCAUUGUCCUGUGCAAAUCUCGCCCACACAUGUUACAACCAGUUAUCAACAACAGGGACAUGGAAACUAUCCGCCGCCACCAUACAGUGAUAAUCAUGAAAGUGUUACAUCAACUGCUAAUUUUGUCGAAAGAAAUUAUCGUCCUGUGCAAAUCUCCUCCACACAUGUUACAACCAGUUAUCAACAACAGGGACAUGGAAACUAUCAGCCGCCACCAUACAGUGAUAAUCAUGAAAGUGUUACAUCAAUUGUUAAUUCUGUCGAAAGAAAUUAUCGUCCUGUGCAAAUCUUCCCCACACAUGUUGCAGCCAGUUAUCAACCACAGAGACACGGAAACUAUCCGCAGCAGUCGUACAAUAAUAAUCGUCCAAUGCGCUAUGAGUUAGCGCAAGAAUCAUCACCUCAUUGGUCAAGAGAUCAUACCAGUACUAUGCUUCGAACAAGAGAAAAAUAUUCAUAUAAUUUUUAUGAGUCACAGCAGCAACAAUCGCAAUCUCCAUACUACAUUUUCAAAACGACAAAGUACAACUAG